CCGCGCUGCUGCCGCCGGCCGCGGGAGUGAAUGACCACUGCUGCGACUUCCUUCCCAGCCUUCCUGAGCAGCCUCCCGCCUAGUCGGCUAGCUGUUUUGGUUGACCCCGUGGAUUCCUGCCUCUUUCUCCGCCGUGAACAUCAAUAUGUGUCAUGUCAUUGUCACCUGCCGCUCGAUGCUCUGGACCCUCCUGAGUAUUGUGGUGGCCUUUGCGGAGCUCAUUGCCUUCAUGAGCGCGGACUGGCUAAUUGGGAAAGCUAAGAGCCGCGGCAAUGCCGAGCCGGCCGGCGCGGGCGGGAGCCCCUCCGAGCCCUACCACCCAACUUUGGGCAUCUAUGCCCGCUGCAUCCGCAACCCCGGCGUGCAGCACUUCCCGCGGGACACGCUGUGCGGGCCCUACGCUGAGAGCUUCGGCGAGAUCGCCAGUGGCUUCUGGCAGGCCACUGCUAUUUUCCUGGCCGUGGGGAUCUUCAUUCUCUGCAUGGUGGCCUUGGUGUCAGUCUUCACCAUGUGUGUGCAAAGCAUCAUGAAGAAAAGCAUUUUCAACGUCUGCGGGCUCUUGCAAGGAAUCGCAGGCCUAUUCCUUAUCCUCGGUUUGAUACUCUACCCUGCUGGCUGGGGUUGCCAGAAAGCCAUAGACUACUGUGGACAUUACGCAUCUGCCUACAAACCUGGAGACUGCUCCUUGGGCUGGGCCUUUUACACCGCCAUUGGUGGCACAGUCCUCACCUUCAUCUGUGCUGUCUUCUCCGCACAAGCAGAAAUUGCAACUUCCAGUGACAAAGUACAAGAAGAAAUCGAAGAGGGGAAGAACCUUAUCUGCCUCCUUUAGUUUGGAAGAGACAUUAAUGCCAUUUUCUUUCUUGUGUAAUGUUGUGAAACAGUCCUCAUCCUUUGAAUCAUGUGGAGAACUAGCCUGUACCUAUCAAAGCCACAUUCCACAGCCCCAGGCUUUAGCAGGACCAAUGAGGGGCAAAGUUACUGGACAGGAGGGUUGCAGUGCAAAUGACAAGGGAUGGAACGUGAAAAUAGUCUGUGACCCUGACUGAAGUCAAGGAGUCCUGUCAGACUCCACCUCCCCCAGGGCUCCAUGAAGGAUAAUGAUCUGAAUCAUAAAGGCAUCUGAAUUUCUGA